AUGCCUCACAUCCCGCUGACACCUCGAGAGGCAAGCGGAGUUCACUGCUUCAAAAGGCUCAAGACGUAUGCCAACUUUCCAGAAGCACCUCAGGAGGAGGCUUCUCUCAGCAAUAGGCUCAAGACGUAUGCCAACUUUCCAGAAGCACCUCAGGAGGAGGCUUCUCUCAGCAAUAGGCUCAAGACGUAUGCCAACUUUCCAGAAGCACCUCAGGAGGAGGCUUCUCUCAGCAAUAGGCUCAAGACGUAUGCCAACUUUCCAGAAGCACCUCAGGAGGAGGCUUCUCUCAGCAAUAGGCUCAAGACGUAUGCCAACUUUCCAGAAGCACCUCAGGAGGAGGCUUCUCUCAGCAAUAGGCUCAAGACGUAUGCCAACUUUCCAGAAGCACCUCAGGAGGAGGCUUCUCUCAGCAAUAGGCUCAAGACGUAUGCCAACUUUCCAGAAGCACCUCAGGAGGAGGCUUCUCUCAGCAAUAGGCUCAAGACGUAUGCCAACUUUCCAGAAGCACCUCAGGAGGAGGCUUCUCUCAGCAAUAGGCUCAAGACGUAUGCCAACUUUCCAGAAGCACCUCAGGAGGAGGCUUCUCUCAGCAAUAGGCUCAAGACGUAUGCCAACUUUCCAGAAGCACCUCAGGAGGAGGCUUCUCUCAGCAAUAGGCUCAAGACGUAUGCCAACUUUCCAGAAGCACCUCAGGAGGAGGCUUCUCUCAGCAAUAGGCUCAAGACGUAUGCCAACUUUCCAGAAGCACCUCAGGAGGAGGCUUCUCUCAGCAAUAGGUUCAAGACGUAUGCCAACUUUCCAGAAGCACCUCAGGAGGAGGCUUCUCUCAGCAAUAGGCUCAAGACGUAUGCCAACUUUCCAGAAGCACCUCAGGAGGAGGCUUCUCUCAGCAAUAGGCUCAAGACGUAUGCCAACUUUCCAGAAGCACCUCAGGAGGAGGCUUCUCUCAGCAAUAGGCUCAAGACGUAUGCCAACUUUCCAGAAGCACCUCAGGAGGAGGCUUCUCUCAGCAAUAGGCUCAAGACGUAUGCCAACUUUCCAGAAGCACCUCAGGAGGAGGCUUCUCUCAGCAAUAGGCUCAAGACGUAUGCCAACUUUCCAGAAGCACCUCAGGAGGAGGCUUCUCUCAGCAAUAGGCUCAAGACGUAUGCCAACUUUCCAGAAGCACCUCAGGAGGAGGCUUCUCUCAUCAAUAGGCUCAAGACGUAUGCCAACUUUCCAGAAGCACCUCACGAGGAGGCUUCUCUCAGCAAUAGGCUCAAGACGUAUGCCAACUUUCCAGAAGCACCUCAGGAGGAGGCUUCUCUCAGCAAUAGGCUCAAGACGUAUGCCAACUUUCCAGAAGCACCUCAGGAGGAGGCUUCUCUCAGCAAUAGGCUCAAGACGUAUGCCAACUUUCCAGAAGCACCUCAGGAGGAGGCUUCUCUCAGCAAUAGGCUCAAGACGUAUGCCAACUUUCCAGAAGCACCUCAGGAGGAGGCUUCUCUCAGCAAUAGGCUCAAGACGUAUGCCAACUUUCCAGAAGCACCUGAGGAGGAGGCUUUUCUCAGCAAUAGGCUCAAGACGUAUGCCAACUUUCCAGAAGCACCUCAGGAGGAGGCUUCUCUCAGCAAUAGGCUCAAGACGUAUGCCAACUUUCCAGAAGCACCUGAGGAGGAGGCUUCUCUCAGCAAUAGGCUCAAGACGUAUGCCAACUUUCCAGAAGCACCUGAGGAGGAGGCUUCUCUCAGCAAUAGGCUCAAGACGUAUGCCAACUUUCCAGAAGCACCUCAGGAGGAGGCUUCUCUCAGCAAUAGGCUCAAGACGUAUGCCAACUUUCCAGAAGCACCUCAGGAGGAGGCUUCUCUCAGCAAUAGGCUCAAGACGUAUGCCAACUUUCCAGAAGCACCUCAGGAGGAGGCUUCUCUCAGCAAUAGGCUCAAGACGUAUGCCAACUUUCCAGAAGCACCUCAGGAGGAGGCUUCUCUCAGCAAUAGGCUCAAGACGUAUGCCAACUUUCCAGAAGCACCUGAGGAGGAGGCUUCUCUCAGCAAUAGGCUCAAGACGUAUGCCAACUUUCCAGAAGCACCUCAGGAGGAGGCUUCUCUCAGCAAUAGGCUCAAGACGUAUGCCAACUUUCCAGAAGCACCUCAGGAGGAGGCUUCUCUCAGCAAUAGGCUCAAGACGUAUGCCAACUUUCCAGAAGCACCUCAGGAGGAGGCUUCUCUCAGCAAUAGGCUCAAGACGUAUGCCAACUUUCCAGAAGCACCUCAGGAGGAGGCUUCUCUCAGCAAUAGGCUCAAGACGUAUGCCAACUUUCCAGAAGCACCUCAGGAGGAGGCUUCUCUCAGCAAUAGGCUCAAGACGUAUGCCAACUUUCCAGAAGCACCUCAGGAGGAGGCUUCUCUCAGCAAUAGGCUCAAGACGUAUGCCAACUUUCCAGAAGCACCUCAGGAGGAGGCUUCUCUCAGCAAUAGGCUCAAGACGUAUGCCAACUUUCCAGAAGCACCUCAGGAGGAGGCUUCUCUCAGCAAUAGGCUCAAGACGUAUGCCAACUUUCCAGAAACACCUCAGGAGGAGGCUUCUCUCAGCAAUAGGCUCAAGACGUAUGCCAACUUUCCAGAAGCACCUCAGGAGGAGGCUUCUCUCAGCAAUAGGCUCAAGACGUAUGCCAACUUUCCAGAAGCACCUCAGGAGGAGGCUUCUCUCAUCAAUAGGCUCAAGACGUAUGCCAACUUUCCAGAAGCACCUCAGGAGGAGGCUUCUCUCAGCAAUAGGCUCAAGACGUAUGCUAACUUUCCAGAAGCACCUCAGGAGGAGGCUUCUCUCAGCAAUAGGCUCAAGACGUAUGCCAACUUUCCAGAAGCACCUCAGGAGGAGGCUUCUCUCAGCAAUAGGCUCAAGACGUAUGCUAACUUUCCAGAAGCACCUCAGGAGGAGGCUUCUCUCAGCAAUAGGCUCAAGACAUAUGCCAACUUUCCAGAAGCACCUCAGGAGGAGGCUUCUCUCAGCAAUAGGCUCAAGACGUAUGCCACCUUUCCAGAAGCACCUCAGGAGGAGGCUUCUCUCAGCAAUAGGCUCAAGACGUAUGCCAACUUUCCAGAAGCACCUGAGGAGGAGGCUUCUCUCAGCAAUAGGCUCAAGACGUAUGCCAACUUUCCAGAAGCACCUCAGGAGGAGGCUUCUCUCAGCAAUAGGCUCAAGACGUAUGCCAAGUUUCCAGAAGCACCUCAGGAGGAGGCUUCUCUCAGCAAUAGGCUCAAGACGUAUGCCAACUUUCCAGAAGCACCUGAGGAGGAGGCUUCUCUCAGCAAUAGGCUCAAGACGUAUGCCAACUUUCCAGAAGCACCUCAGGAGGAGGCUUCUCUCAGCAAUAGGCUCAAGACGUAUGCCACCUUUCCAGAAGCACCUCAGGAGGAGGCUUCUCUCAGCAAUAGGCUCAAGACGUAUGCCAACUUUCCAGAAGCACCUGAGGAGGAGGCUUCUCUCAGCAAUAGGCUCAAGACGUAUGCCAACUUUCCAGAAGCACCUCAGGAGGAGGCUUCUCUCAGCAAUAGGCUCAAGACGUAUGCCAACUUUCCAGAAGCACCUGAGGAGGAGGCUUCUCUCAGCAAUAGGCUCAAGACGUAUGCCAACUUUCCAGAAGCACCUCAGGAGGAGGCUUCUCUCAGCAAUAGGCUCAAGACGUAUGCCAACUUUCCAGAAGCACCUGAGGAGGAGGCUUCUCUCAGCAAUAGGCUCAAGACGUAUGCCAACUUUCCAGAAGCACCUGAGGAGGAGGCUUCUCUCAGCAAUAGGCUAAAGACGUAUGCCAACUUUCCAGAAGCACCUCAGGAGGAGGCUUCUCUCAGCAAUAGGCUCAAGACGUAUGCCAACUUUCCAGAAGCACCUCAGGAGGAGGCUUCUCUCAGCAAUAGGCUCAAGACAUAUGCCAACUUUCCAGAAGCACCUCAGGAGGAGGCUUCUCUCAGCAAUAGGCUCAAGACGUAUGCCAACUUUCCAGAAGCACCUCAGGAGGAGGCUUCUCUCAGCAAUAGGCUCAAGACGUAUGCCACCUUUCCAGAAGCACCUCAGGAGGAGGCUUCUCUCAGCAAUAGGCUCAAGACGUAUGCCAACUUUCCAGAAGCACCUCAGGAGGAGGCUUCUCUCAGCAAUAGGCUCAAGACGUAUGCCAACUUUCCAGAAGCACCUGAGGAGGAGGCUUUUCUCAGCAAUAGGCUCAAGACGUAUGCCAACUUUCCAGAAGCACCUCAGGAGGAGGCUUCUCUCAGCAAUAGGCUCAAGACGUAUGCCAACUUUCCAGAAGCACCUCAGGAGGAGGCUUCUCUCAGCAAUAGGCUCAAGACGUAUGCCAACUUUCCAGAAGCACCUGAGGAGGAGGCUUCUCUCAGCAAUAGGCUAAAGACGUAUGCCAACUUUCCAGAAGCACCUCAGGAGGAGGCUUCUCUCAGCAAUAGGCUCAAGACGUAUGCCAACUUUCCAGAAGCACCUCAGGAGGAGGCUUCUCUCAGGAAUAGGCUCAAGACAUAUGCCAACUUUCCAGAAGCACCUCAGGAGGAGGCUUCUCUCAGCAAUAGGCUCAAGACGUAUGCCAACUUUCCAGAAGCACCUCAGGAGGAGGCUUCUCUCAGCAAUAGGCUCAAGACGUAUGCCAACUUUCCAGAAGCACCUCAGGAGGAGGCUUCUCUCAGGAAUAGGCUCAAGACAUAUGCCAACUUUCCAGAAGCACCUCAGGAGGAGGCUUCUCUCAGCAAUAGGCUCAAGACGUAUGCCACCUUUCCAGAAGCACCUCAGGAGGAGGCUUCUCUCAGCAAUAGGCUCAAGACGUAUACCAACUUUCCAGAAGCACCUCAGGAGGAGGCUUCUCUCAGCAAUAGGCUCAAGACGUAUGCCAACUUUCCAGAAGCACCUCAGGAGGAGGCUUCUCUCAGCAAUAGGCUCAAGACGUAUGCCAACUUUCCAGAAGCACCUGAGGAGGAGGCUUUUCUCAGCAAUAGGCUCAAGACGUAUGCCAACUUUCCAGAAGCACCUCAGGAGGAGGCUUCUCUCAGCAAUAGGCUCAAGACGUAUGCCAACUUUCCAGAAGCACCUCAGGAGGAGGCUUCUCUCAGCAAUAGGCUCAAGACGUAUGCCAACUUUCCAGAAGCACCUCAGGAGGAGGCUUCUCUCAGCAAUAGGCUCAAGACGUAUGCCAACUUUCCAGAAGCACCUCAGGAGGAGGCUUCUCUCAGCAAUAGGCUCAAGACGUAUGCCAACUUUCCAGAAGCACCUCAGGAGGAGGCUUCUCUCAGCAAUAGGCUCAAGACGUAUGACAACUUUCCAGAAGCACCUCAGGAGGAGGCUUCUCUCAGCAAUAGGCCCAAGACGUAUGCCAACUUUCCAGAAGCACCUCAGGAGGAGGCUUCUCUCAGCAAUAGGCUCAAGACGUAUGCCAACUUUCCAGAAGCACCUCAGGAGGAGGCUUCUCUCAGCAAUAGGCUCAAGACGUAUGCCAACUUUCCAGAAGCACCUCAGGAGGAGGCUUCUCUCAGCAAUAGGCUCAAGACGUAUGCCAACUUUCCAGAAGCACCUCAGGAGGAGGCUUCUCUCAGCAAUAGGCUCAAGACGUAUGCCAACUUUCCAGAAGCACCUCAGGAGGAGGCUUCUCUCAGCAAUAGGCUCAAGACGUAUGCCAACUUUCCAGAAGCACCUCAGGAGGAGGCUUCUCUCAGCAAUAGGCUCAAGACGUAUACCAACUUUCCAGAAGCACCUCAGGAGGAGGCUUCUCUCAGCAAUAGGCUCAAGACGUAUGCCAACUUUCCAGAAGCACCUCAGGAGGAGGCUUCUCUCAGCAAUAGGCUCAAGACGUAUGCCAACUUUCCAGAAGCACCUCAGGAGGAGGCUUCUCUCAGCAAUAGGCUCAAGACGUAUGCCAACUUUCCAGAAGCACCUCAGGAGGAGGCUUCUCUCAGCAAUAGGCUCAAGACGUAUGCCAACUGUCCAGAAGCACCUCAGGAGGAGGCUUCUCUCAGCAAUAGGCUCAAGACGUAUGCCAACUUUCCAGAAGCACCUCAGGAGGAGGCUUCUCUCAGCAAUAGGCUCAAGACGUAUGCCAACUUUCCAGAAGCACCUCAGGAGGAGGCUUCUCUCAGCAAUAGGCUCAAGACCUAUGCCAACUUUCCAGAAGCACCUCAGGAGGAGGCUUCUCUCAGCAAUAGGCUCAAGACGUAUGCCAACUUUCCAGAAGCACCUCAGGAGGAGGCUUCUCUCAGCAAUAGGCUCAAGACGUAUGCCAACUUUCCAGAAGCACCUCAGGAGGAGGCUUCUCUCAGCAAUAGGCUCAAGACGUAUGCCAACUUUCCAGAAGCACCUCAGGAGGAGGCUUCUCUCAGCAAUAGGCUCAAGACGUAUGCCAACUUUCCAGAAGCACCUCAGGAGGAGGCUUCUCUCAGCAAUAGGCUCAAGACGUAUGCCAACUUUCCAGAAGCACCUCAGGAGGAGGCUUCUCUCAGCAAUAGGCUCAAGACGUAUGCCAACUUUCCAGAAGCACCUCAGGAGGAGGCUUCUCUCAGCAAUAGGCUCAAGACGUAUGCCAACUUUCCAGAAGCACCUCAGGAGGAGGCUUCUCUCAGCAAUAGGCUCAAGACGUAUGCCAACUUUCCAGAAGCACCUCAGGAGGAGGCUUCUCUCAGCAAUAGGCUCAAGACCUAUGCCAACUUUCCAGAAGCACCUCAGGAGGAGGCUUCUCUCAGCAAUAGGCUCAAGACGUAUGCCAACUUUCCAGAAGCACCUCAGGAGAAGGCUUCUCUCAGCAAUAGGCUCAAGACGUAUGCCAACUUUCCAGAAGCACCUCAGGAGGAGGCUUCUCUCAGCAAUAGGCUCAAGACGUAUGCCAACUUUCCAGAAGCACCUCAGGAGGAGGCUUCUCUCAGCAAAAGGCUCAAGACGUAUGCCAACUUUCCAGAAGCACCUCAGGAGGAAGCUUCUCUCAGCAAUAGGCUCAAGACGUAUGCCAACUUUCCAGAAGCACCUCAGGAGGAGGCUUCUCUCAGCAAUAGGCUCAAGACGUAUGCCAACUUUCCAGAAGCACCUCAGGAGGAGGCUUCUCUCAGCAAUAGGCUCAAGACGUAUGCCAACUUUCCAGAAGCACCUCAGGAGGAGGCUUCUCUCAGCAAAAGGCUCAAGACGUAUGCCAACUUUCCAGAAGCAACUCAGGAGGAGGCUUCUCUCAGCAAUAGGCUCAAGACGUAUGCCAACUUUCCAGAAGCACCUCAGGAGGAGGCUUCUCUCAGCAAUAGGCUCAAGACCUAUGCCAACUUUCCAGAAGCACCUCAGGAGGAGGCUUCUCUCAGCAAUAGGCUCAAGACGUAUGCCAACUUUCCAGAAGCACCUCAGGAGAAGGCUUCUCUCAGCAAUAGGCUCAAGACGUAUGCCAACUUUCCAGAAGCACCUCAGGAGGAGGCUUCUCUCAGCAAUAGGCUCAAGACGUAUGCCAACUUUCCAGAAGCACCUCAGGAGGAGGCUUCUCUCAGCAAAAGGCUCAAGACGUAUGCCAACUUUCCAGAAGCACCUCAGGAGGAAGCUUCUCUCAGCAAUAGGCUCAAGACGUAUGCCAACUUUCCAGAAGCACCUCAGGAGGAGGCUUCUCUCAGCAAUAGGCUCAAGACGUAUGCCAACUUUCCAGAAGCACCUCAGGAGGAGGCUUCUCUCAGCAAUAGGCUCAAGACGUAUGCCAACUUUCCAGAAGCACCUCAGGAGGAGGCUUCUCUCAGCAAAAGGCUCAAGACGUAUGCCAACUUUCCAGAAGCACCUCAGGAGGAAGCUUCUCUCAGCAAUAGGCUCAAGACGUAUGCCAACUUUCCAGAAGCACCUCAGGAGGAGGCUUCUCUCAGCAAUAGGCUCAAGACGUAUGCCAACUUUCCAGAAGCACCUCAGGAGGAGGCUUCUCUCAGCAAUAGGCUCAAGACGUAUGCCAACUUUCCAGAAGCACCUCAGGAGGAGGCUUCUCUCAGCAAUAGGCUCAAGACGUAUGCCAACUUUCCAGAAGCACCUCAGGAGGAGGCUUCUCUCAGCAAAAGGCUCAAGACGUAUGCCAACUUUCCAGAAGCACCUCAGGAGGAAGCUUCUCUCAGCAAUAGGCUCAAGACGUAUGCCAACUUUCCAGAAGCACCUCAGGAGGAGGCUUCUCUCAGCAAUAGGCUCAAGACGUAUGCCAACUUUCCAGAAGCACCUCAGGAGGAGGCUUCUCUCAGCAAUAGGCUCAAGACGUAUGCCAACUUUCCAGAAGCACCUCAGGAGGAGGCUUCUCUCAGCAAAAGGCUCAAGACGUAUGCCAACUUUCCAGAAGCACCUCAGGAGGAAGCUUCUCUCAGCAAUAGGCUCAAGACGUAUGCCAACUUUCCAGAAGCACCUCAGGAGGAGGCUUCUCUCAGCAAUAGGCUCAAGACGUAUGCCAACUUUCCAGAAGCACCUCAGGAGGAGGCUUCUCUCAGCAAUAGGCUCAAGACGUAUGCCAACUUUCCAGAAGCACCUCAGGAGGAGGCUUCUCUCAGCAAUAGGCUCAAGACGUAUGCCAACUUUCCAGAAGCACCUCAGGAGGAGGCUUCUCUCAGCAAUAGGCUCAAGACGUAUGCCAACUUUCCAGAAGCACCUCAGGAGGAGGCUUCUCUCAGCAAUAGGCUCAAGACGUAUGCCAACUUUCCAGAAGCACCUCAGGAGGAGGCUUCUCUCAGCAAUAGGCUCAAGACGUAUGCCAACUUUCCAGAAGCACCUCAGGAGGAGGCUUCUCUCAGCAAUAGGCUCAAGACGUAUGCCAACUUUCUAGAAGCACCUCAGGAGGAGGCUUCUCUCAGCAAUAGGCUCAAGACGUAUGCCAACUUUCCAGAAGCACCUCAGGAGGAGGCUUCUCUCAGCAAUAGGCUCAAGACGUAUGCCAACUUUCCAGAAGCACCUCAGGAGGAGGCUUCUCUCAGCAAUAGGCUCAAGACGUAUGCCAACUUUCCAGAAGCACCUCAGGAGGAGGCUUCUCUCAGCAAUAGGCUCAAGACGUAUGCCAACUUUCCAGAAGCACCUCAGGAGGAGGCUUCUCUCAGCAAUAGGCUCAAGACGUAUGCCAACUUUCCAGAAGCACCUCAGGAGGAGGCUUCUCUCAGCAAUAGGCUCAAGACGUAUGCCAACUUUCCAGAAGCACCUCAGGAGGAGGCUUCUCUCAGCAAUAGGCUCAAGACGUAUGCCAACUUUCCAGAACCACCUCAGGAGGAGGCUUCUCUCAGCAAUAGGCUCAAGACGUAUGCCAACUUUCCAGAAGCACCUCAGGAGGAGGCUUCUCUCAGCAAUAGGCUCAAGACGUAUGCCAACUUUCCAGAAACACCUCAGGAGGAGGCUUCUCUCAGCAAUAGGCUCAAGACGUAUGCCAACUUUCCAGAAGCACCUCAGGAGGAGGCUUCUCUCAGCAAUAGGCUCAAGACGUAUGCCAACUUUCCAGAAGCACCUCAGGAGGAGGCUUCUCUCAGCAAUAGGCUCAAGACGUAUGCCAACUUUCCAGAAGCACCUCAGGAGGAGGCUUCUCUCAGCAAUAGGCUCAAGACGUAUGCCAACUUUCCAGAAGCACCUCAGGAGGAGGCUUCUCUCAGCAAUAGGCUCAAGACGUAUGCCAACUUUCCAGAAGCACCUCAGGAGGAGGCUUCUCUCAGCAAUAGGCUCAAGACGUAUGCCAACUUUCCAGAAGCACCUCAGGAGGAGGCUUCUCUCAGCAAUAGGCUCAAGACGUAUGCCAACUUUCCAGAAGCACCUCAGGAGGAGGUUUCUCUCAGCAAUAGGUUCAAGACGUAUGCCAACUUUCCAGAAGCACCUCAGGAGGAGGCUUCUCUCAGCAAUAGGCUCAAGACGUAUGGCAACUUUCCAGAAGCACCUCAGGAGGAGGAUUCUCUCAACAAUAGGCUCAAGACGUAUGCCAACUUUCCAGAAGCACCUCAGGAGGAGGCUUCUCUCAGCAAUAGGCUCAAGACGUAUGCCAACUUUCCAGAAGCACCUCAGGAGGAGGCAUCUCUCAGCAAUAGGCUCAAGACGUAUGCCAACUUUCCAGAAGCACCUCAGGAGGAGGCUUCUCUCAGCAAUAGGCUCAAGACGUAUGCCAACUUUCCAGAAGCACCUCAGGAGGAGGCUUCUCUCAGCAAUAGGCUCAAGACGUAUGCCAACUUUCCAGAAGCACCUCAGGAGGAGGCUUCUCUCAGCAUUAGGCUCAAGACGUAUGCCAACUUUCCAGAAGCACCUCAGGAGGAGGCUUCUCUCAGCAAUAGGCUCAAGACGUAUGCCAACUUUCCAGAAGCACCUCAGGAGGAGGCUUCUCUCAGCAAUAGGCUCAAGACGUAUGCCAACUUUCCAGAAGCACCUCAGGAGGAGGCUUCUCUCAGCAAUAGGCUCAAGACGUAUGCCAACUUUCCAGAAGCACCUCAGGAUGAGGCUUCUCUCAGCAAUAGGCUCAAGACGUAUGCCAACUUUCCAGAAGCACCUCAGGAGGAGGCUUCUCUCAGCAAUAGGCUCAAGACGUAUGCCAACUUUCCAGAAGCACCUCAGGAGGAGGCUUCUCUCAGCAAUAGGCUCAAGACGUAUGCCAACUUUCCAGAAGCACCUCAGGAGGAGGAUUCUCUCAGCAAUAGGCUCAAGACGUAUGCCAACUUUCCAGAAACACCUCAGGAGGAGACUUCUCUCAGCAAUAGGCUCAAGACGUAUGCCAACUUUCCAGAAGUACCUCAGGAGGAGGCUUCUCUCAGCAAUAGGCUCAAGACGUAUGCCAACUUUCCAGAAGCACCUCAGGAGGAGGCUUCUCUCAGCAAUAGGCUCAAGACGUAUGCCAACUUUCCAGAAGCACCUCAGGAGGAGGCUUCUCUCAGCAAUAGGCUCAAGACGUAUGCCAACUUUCCAGAAACACCUCAGGAGGAGACUUCUCUCAGCAAUAGGCUCAAGACGUAUGCCAACUUUCCAGAAGUACCUCAGGAGGAGGCUUCUCUCAGCAAUAGGCUCAAGACGUAUGCCAACUUUCCAGAAGCACCUCAGGAGGAGGCUUCUCUCAGCAAUAGGCUCAAGACGUAUGCCAACUUUCCAGAAGCACCUCAGGAGGAGGCUUCUCUCAGCAAUAGGCUCAAGACGUAUGCCAACUUUCCAGAAGCACCUCAGGAGGAGGCUUCUCUCAGCAGUAGGCUCAAGACGUAUGCCAACUUUCCAGAAGCACCUCAGGAGGAGGCUUCUCUCAGCAAUAGGCUCAAGACGUAUGCCAACUUUCCAAAAGCACCUCAGGAGGAGGCUUCUCUCAGCAAUAGGCUCAAGACGUAUGCCAACUUUCCAGAAGCACCUCAGGAUGAGGCUUCUCUCAGCAAUAGGCUCAAGACGUAUGCCAACUUUCCAGAAGCACCUCAGGAGGAGGCUUCUCUCAGCAAUAGGCUCAAGACGUAUGCCAACUUUCCAGAAGCACCUCAGGAGGAGGCUUCUCUCAGCAAUAGGCUCAAGACGUAUGCCAACUUUCCAGAAGCACCUCAGGAGGAGGAUUCUCUCAGCAAUAGGCUCAAGACGUAUGCCAACUUUCCAGAAGCACCUCAGGAGGAGACUUCUCUCAGCAAUAGGCUCAAGACGUAUGCCAACUUUCCAGAAGUACCUCAGGAGGAGGCUUCUCUCAGCAAUAGGCUCAAGACGUAUGCCAACUUUCCAGAAGCACCUCAGGAGGAGGCUUCUCUCAGCAAUAGGCUCAAGACGUAUGCCAACUUUCCAGAAGCACCUCAGGAGGAGGCUUCUCUCAGCAAUAGGCUCAAGACGUAUGCCAACUUUCCAGAAGUACCUCAGGAGGAGGCUUCUCUCAGCAAUAGGCUCAAGACGUAUGCCAACUUUCCAGAAGCACCUCAGGAGGAGGCUUCUCUCAGCAAUAGGCUCAAGACGUAUGCCAACUUUCCAGAAGCACCUCAGGAGGAGGCUUCUCUCAGCAAUAGGCUCAAGACGUAUGCCAACUUUCCAGAAGCACCUCAGGAGGAGGCUUCUCUCAGCAAUAGGCUCAAGACGUAUGCCAACUUUCCAGAAGCACCUCAGGAGGAGGCUUCUCUCAGCAAUAGGCUCAAGACGUAUGCCAACUUUCCAGAAGCACCUCAGGAGGAGGCUUCUCUCAGCAAUAGGCUCAAGACGUAUGCCAACUUUCCAAAAGCACCUCAGGAGGAGGCUUCUCUCAGCAAUAGGCUCAAGACGUAUGCCAACUUUCCAGAAGCACCUCAGGAGGAGGCUUCUCUCAGCAAUAGGCAACUCCAGAGAUGCCCCGAGAUCACUGUCCCAACUCUAGAGGAACACCAACUUCAGCACAGCAACUCGAGGAAUGCUCCGUGCACCCCAAAUCGUCUCGAGAUGAGAGCUGAUUCCCUGGUUUGGCUCAAGACGUAUGCCAACUUUCCAGAAGCACCUCAGGAGGAGGCUUCUCUCAGCAAUAGGCUCAAGACGUAUGCCAACUUUCCAGAAGCACCUCAGGAGGAGGCUUCUCUCAGCAAUAGGCUCAAGACGUAUGCCAACUUUCCAGAAGCACCUCAGGAGGAGGCUUCUCUCAGCAAUAGGCUCAAGACGUAUGCCAACUUUCCAAAAGCACCUCAGGAGGAGGCUUCUCUCAGCAAUAGGCUCAAGACGUAUGCCAACUUUCCAGAAGCACCUCAGGAGGAGGCUUCUCUCAGCAAUAGGCUCAAGACGUAUGCCAACUUUCCAGAAGCACCUCAGGAGGAGGCUUCUCUCAGCAAUAGGCUCAAGACGUAUGCCAACUUUCCAGAAGCACCUCAGGAGGAGGCUUCUCUCAGCAAUAGGCUCAAGACGUAUGCCAACUUUCCAGAAGCACCUCAAGAGGAGGCUUCUCUCAGCAAUAGGCUCAAGACGUAUGCCAACUUUCCAGAAGCACCUCAGGAGGAGGCUUCUCUCAGCAAUAGGCUCAAGACGUAUGCCAACUUUCCAGAAGCACCUCAGGAGGAGGCUUCUCUGAGCAAUAGGCUCAAGACGUAUGCCAACUUUCCAGAAGCACCUCAGGAGGAGGCUUCUAUCAGCAAUAGGCUCAAGACGUAUGCCAACUUUCCAGAAGCACCUCAGGAGGAGGCUUCUCUCAGCAAUAGGCUCAAGACGUAUGCCAACUUUCCAGAAGCACCUCAGGAGGAGGCUUCUCUCAGCAAUAGGCUCAAGACGUAUGCCAACUUUCCAGAAGCACCUCAAGAGGAGGCUUCUCUCAGCAAUAGGCUCAAGACGUAUGCCAACUUUCCAGAAGCACCUCAGGAGGAGGCUUCUCUCAGCAAUAGGCUCAAGACGUAUGCCAACUUUCCAGAAGCACCUCAGGAGGAGGCUUCUCUGAGCAAUAGGCUCAAGACAUAUGCCAACUUUCCAGAAGCACCUCAGGAGGAGUCUUCUCUCAGCAAUAGGCUCAAGACGUAUGCCAACUUUCCAGAAGCACCUCAGGAGGAGGCUUCUAUCAGCAAUAGGCUCAAGACGUAUGCCAACUUUCCAGAAGCACCUCAGGAGGAGGCUUCUCUCAGCAAUAGGCUCAAGACGUAUGCCAACUUUCCAGAAGCACCUCAGGAGGAGGCUUCUCUCAGCAAUAGGCUCAAGAAGUAUGCCAACUUUCCAGAAGCACCUCAGGAGGAGGCUUCUCUCAGCAAUAGGCUCAAGACGUAUGCCAACUUUCCAGAAGCACCUCAGGAGGAGGCUUCUCUCAGCAAUAGGCUCAAGAAGUAUGCCAACUUUCCAGAAGCACCUCAGGAGGAGGCUUCUCUCAGCAAUAGGCUCAAGACGUAUGCCAACUUUCCAGAAGCACCUCAGGAGGAGGCUUCUCUCAGCAAUAGGCUCAAGACAUAUGCCAACUUUCCAGAAGCACCUCAGGAGGAGUCUUCUCUCAGCAAUAGGCUCAAGACGUAUGCCAACUUUCCAGAAGCACCUCAGGAGGAGGCUUCUAUCAGCAAUAGGCUCAAGACGUAUGCCAACUUUCCAGAAGCACCUCAGGAGGAGGCUUCUCUCAGCAAUAGGCUCAAGACGUAUGCCAACUUUCCAGAAGCACCUCAGGAGGAGGCUUCUCUCAGCAAUAGGCUCAAGACGUAUGCCAACUUUCCAGAAGCACCUCAGGAGGAGGCUUCUCUCAGCAAUAGGCUCAAGACGUAUGACAACUUUCCAGAAGCACCUCAGGAGGAGGCUUCUCCCAGCAAUAGGCUCAAGACGUAUGCCAACUUUCCAGAAGCACCUCAGGAGGAGGCUUCUCUCAGCAAUAGGCUCAAGACGUAUGCCAACUUUCCAGAAGCACCUCAGGAGGAGGCUUCUCUCAGCAAUAGGCUCAAGACGUAUGACAACUUUCCAGAAGCACCUCAGGAGGAGGCUUCUCCCAGCAAUAGGCUCAAGACGUAUGCCAACUUUCCAGAAGCACCUCAGGAGGAGGCUUCUCUCAGCAAUAGGCUCAAGACGUAUGCCAACUUUCCAGAAGCACCUCAGGAGGAGGCUUCUCUCAGCAAUAGGCUCAAGACGUAUGACAACUUUCCAGAAGCACCUCAGGAGGAGGCUUCUCCCAGCAAUAGGCUCAAGACGUAUGCCAACUUUCCAGAAGCACCUCAGGAGGAGGCUUCUCUCAGCAAUAGGCUCAAGACGUAUGCCAACUUUCCAGAAGCACCUCAGGAGGAGGCUUCUCUCAGCAAUAGGCUCAAGACGUAUGCCAACUUUCCAGAAGCACCUCAGGAGGAGGCUUCUCUGAGCAAUAGGCUCAAGACAUAUGCCAACUUUCCAGAAGCACCUCAGGAGGAGUCUUCUCUCAGCAAUAGGCUCAAGACGUAUGCCAACUUUCCAGAAGCACCUCAGGAGGAGGCUUCUAUCAGCAAUAGGCUCAAGACGUAUGCCAACUUUCCAGAAGCACCUCAGGAGGAGGCUUCUCUGAGCAAUAGGCUCAAGACAUAUGCCAACUUUCCAGAAGCACCUCAGGAGGAGUCUUCUCUCAGCAAUAGGCUCAAGACGUAUGCCAACUUUCCAGAAGCACCUCAGGAGGAGGCUUCUAUCAGCAAUAGGCUCAAGACGUAUGCCAACUUUCCAGAAGCACCUCAGGAGGAGGCUUCUCUCAGCAAUAGGCUCAAGACAUAUGCCAACUUUCCAGAAGCACCUCAGGAGGAGGCUUCUCUCAGCAAUAGGCUCAAGACGUAUGCCAACUUUCCAGAAGCACCUCAGGAGGAGGCUUCUCUCAGCAAUAGGCUCAAGACGUAUGCCAACUUUCCAGAAGCACCUCAGGAGGAGGCUUCUCUCAGCAAUAGGCUCAAGACGUAUGCCAACUUUCCAGAAGCACCUCAGGAGGAGGCUUCUCUCAGCAAUAGGCUCAAGACAUAUGCCAACUUUCCAGAAGCACCUCAGGAGGAGGCUUUUCUCAGCAAUAGGCUCAAGACAUAUGCCAACUUUCCAGAAGCACCUCAGGAGGAGUCUUCUCUCAGCAAUAGGCUCAAGACGUAUGCCAACUUUCCAGAAGCACCUCAGGAGGAGGCUUCUAUCAGCAAUAGGCUCAAGACGUAUGCCAACUUUCCAGAAGCACCUCAGGAGGAGGCUUCUCUGAGCAAUAGGCUCAAGACAUAUGCCAACUUUCCAGAAGCACCUCAGGAGGAGUCUUCUCUCAGCAAUAGGCUCAAGACGUAUGCCAACUUUCCAGAAGCACCUCAGGAGGAGGCUUCUAUCAGCAAUAGGCUCAAGACGUAUGCCAACUUUCCAGAAGCACCUCAGGAGGAGGCUUCUCUGAGCAAUAGGCUCAAGACAUAUGCCAACUUUCCAGAAGCACCUCAGGAGGAGUCUUCUCUCAGCAAUAGGCUCAAGACGUAUGCCAACUUUCCAGAAGCACCUCAGGAGGAGGCUUCUAUCAGCAAUAGGCUCAAGACGUAUGCCAACUUUCCAGAAGCACCUCAGGAGGAGGCUUCUCUCAGCAAUAGGCUCAAGACAUAUGCCAACUUUCCAGAAGCACCUCAGGAGGAGGCUUCUCUCAGCAAUAGGCUCAAGACGUAUGCCAACUUUCCAGAAGCACCUCAGGAGGAGGCUUCUCUCAGCAAUAGGCUCAAGACGUAUGCCAACUUUCCAGAAGCACCUCAGGAGGAGGCUUCUCUCAGCAAUAGGCUCAAGACGUAUGCCAACUUUCCAGAAGCACCUCAGGAGGAGGCUUCUCUCAGCAAUAGGCUCAAGACAUAUGCCAACUUUCCAGAAGCACCUCAGGAGGAGGCUUUUCUCAGCAAUAGGCUCAAGACGUAUGCCAACUUUCCAGAAGCACCUCAGGAGGAGGCUUCUCUCAGCAAUAGGCUCAAGACGUAUGCCAACUUUCCAGAAGCACCUCAGGAGGAGGCUUCUCUCAGCAAUAGGCUCAAGACAUAUGCCAACUUUCCAGAAGCACCUCAGGAGGAGGCUUUUCUCAGCAAUAGGCUCAAGACGUAUGCCAACUUUCCAGAAGCACCUCAGGAGGAGGCUUCUCUCAGCAAUAGGCUCAAGACGUAUGCCAACUUUCCAGAAGCACCUCAGGAGGAGACUUCUCUCAGCAAUAGGCUCAAGACGUAUGCCAACUUCCCAGAAGCACCUCAGGAGGAGGCUUCUCUCAGCAAUAGGCUCAAGACGUAUGCCAACUUUCCAGAAGCACCUCAGGAGGAGGCUUCUCUCAGCAAUAGGCUCAAGACGUAUGCCAACUUUCCAGAAGCACCUCAGGAGGAGGCUUCUCUCAGCAAUAGGCUCAAGACGUAUGCCAACUUUCCACAAGCACCUCAGGAGGAGGCUUCUCUCAGCAAUAGGCUCAAGACGUAUGCCAACUUUCCAGAAGCACCUCAGGAGGAGGCUUCUCUCAGCAAUAGGCUCAAGACGUAUGCCAACUUUCCAGAAGCACCUCAGGAGGAGGCUUCUCUCAGCAAUAGGCUCAAGACGUAUGCCAACUUUCCAGAAGCACCUCAGGAGGAGGCUUCUCUGAGCAAUAGGCUCAAGACGUAUGCCAACUUUCCAGAAGCACCUCAGGAGGAGGCUUCUCUCAGCAAUAGGCUCAAGACGUAUGCCAACUUUCCAGAAGCACCUCAGGAGGAGGCUUCUCUCAGCAAUAGGCUCAAGACGUAUGCCAACUUUCCAGAAGCACCUCAGGAGGAGGCUUCUCUCAGCAAUAGGCUCAAGACGUAUGCCAACUUUCCAGAAGCACCUCAGGAGGAGGCUUCUCUCAGCAAUAGGCUCAAGACGUAUGCCAACUUUCCAGAAGCACCUCAGGAGGAGGCUUCUCUCAGCAAUAGGCUCAAGACAUAUGCCAACUUUCCAGAAGCACCUCAGGAGGAGGCUUCUCUCAGCAAUAGGCUCAAGACGUAUGCCAACUUUCCAGAAGCACCUCAGGAGGAGGCUUCUCUCAGCAAUAGGCUCAAGACGUAUGCCAACUUUCCAGAAGCACCUCAGGAGGAGGCUUCUCUCAGCAAUAGGCUCAAGACGUAUACCAACUUUCCAGAAGCACCUCAGGAGGAGGCUUCUCUCAGCAAUAGGCUCAAGACGUAUGCCAACUUUCCAGAAGCACCUCAGGAGGAGGCUUCUCUCAGCAAUAGGCUCAAGACGUAUGCCAACUUUCCAGAAGCACCUCAGGAGGAGGCUUCUCUCAGCAAUAGGCUCAAGACAUAUGCCAACUUUCCAGAAGCACCUCAGGAGGAGGCUUCUCUCAGCAAUAGGCUCAAGACGUAUGCCAACUUUCCAGAAGCACCUCAGGAGGAGGCUUCUCUCAGCAAUAGGCUCAAGACGUAUGCCAACUUUCCAGAAGCACCUCAGGAGGAGGCUUCUCUCAGCAAUAGGCUCAAGACGUAUGCCAACUUUCCAGAAGCACCUCAGGAGGAGGCUUCUCUCAGCAAUAGGCUCAAGACGUAUGCCAACUUUCCAGAAGCACCUCAGGAGGAGGCUUCUCUCAGCAAUAGGCUCAAGACGUAUGCCAACUUUCCAGAAGCACCUCAGGAGGAGGCUUCUCUCAGCAAUAGGCUCAAGACAUAUGCCAACUUUCCAGAAGCACCUCAGGAGGAGGCUUUUCUCAGCAAUAGGCUCAAGACGUAUGCCAACUUUCCAGAAGCACCUCAGGAGGAGGCUUCUCUCAGCAAUAGGCUCAAGACGUAUGCCAACUUUCCAGAAGCACCUCAGGAGGAGGCUUCUCUUAGCAAUAGGCUCAAGACGUAUGCCAACUUUCCAGAAGCACCUCAGGAGGAGGCUUCUCUCAGCAAUAGGCUCAAGACGUAUGCCAACUUUCCAGAAGCACCUCAGGAGGAGACUUCUCUCAGCAAUAGGCUCAAGACGUAUGCCAACUUCCCAGAAGCACCUCAGGAGGAGGCUUCUCUCAGCAAUAGGCUCAAGACGUAUGCCAACUUUCCAGAAGCACCUCAGGAGGAGGCUUCUCUCAGCAAUAGGCUCAAGACGUAUGCCAACUUUCCAGAAGCACCUCAGGAGGAGGCUUCUCUCAGCAAUAGGCUCAAGACGUAUGCCAACUUUCCAGAAGCACCUCAGGAGGAGGCUUCUCUCAGCAAUAGGCUCAAGACGUAUGCCAACUUUCCAGAAGCACCUCAGGAGGAGGCUUCUCUGAGCAAUAGGCUCAAGACGUAUGCCAACUUUCCAGAAGCACCUCAGGAGGAGGCUUCUCUCAGCAAUAGGCUCAAGACGUAUGCCAACUUUCCAGAAGCACCUCAGGAGGAGGCUUCUCUCAGCAAUAGGCUCAAGACGUAUGCCAACUUUCCAGAAGCACCUCAGGAGGAGGCUUCUCUCAGCAAUAGGCUCAAGACGUAUGCCAACUUUCCAGAAGCACCUCAGGAGGAGGCUUCUCUCAGCAAUAGGCUCAAGACGUAUGCCAACUUUCCAGAAGCACCUCAGGAGGAGGCUUCUCUCAGCAAUAGGCUCAAGACGUAUGCCAACUUUCCAGAAGCACCUCAGGAGGAGGCUUCUCUCAGCAAUAGGCUCAAGACGUAUGCCAACUUUCCAGAAGCACCUCAGGAGGAGGCUUCUCUCAGCAAUAGGCUCAAGACGUAUGCCAACUUUCCAGAAGCACCUCAGGAGGAGGCUUCUCUCAGCAAUAGGCUCAAGACGUAUGCCAACUUUCCAGAAGCACCUCAGGAGGAGGCUUCUCUCAGCAAUAGGCUCAAGACGUAUGCCAACUUUCCAGAAGCACCUCAGGAGGAGGCUUCUCUCAGCAAUAGGCUCAAGACGAAUGCCAACUUUCCAGAAGCACCUCAGGAGGAGGCUUCUCUCAGCAAUAGGCUCAAGACAUAUGCCAACUUUCCAGAAGCACCUCAGGAGGAGGCUUCUCUCAGCAAUAGGCUCAAGACGAAUGCCAACUUUCCAGAAGCACCUCAGGAGGAGGCUUCUCUCAGCAAUAGGCUCAAGACAUAUGCCAACUUUCCAGAAGCACCUCAGGAGGAGGCUUCUCUCAGCAAUAGGCUCAAGACGUAUGCCAACUUUCCAGAAGCACCUCAGGAGGAGGCUUCUCUCAGCAAUAGGCUCAAGACGUAUGCCAACUUUCCAGAAGCACCUCAGGAGGACGCUUCUCUCAGCAAUAGGCUCAAGACGUAUGCCAACUUUCCAGAAGCACCUCAGGAGGAGGCUUCUCUCAGCAAUAGGCUCAAGACGUAUGCCAACUUCCCAGAAGCACCUCAGGAGGAGGCUUCUCUCAGCAAUAGGCUCAAGACGUAUGCCAACUUUCCAGAAGCACCUCAGGAGGAGGCUUCUCUCAGCAAUAGGCUCAAGACGUAUGCCAACUUUCCAGAAGCACCUCAGGAGGAGGCUUCUCUCAGCAAUAGGCUCAAGACGAAUGCCAACUUUCCAGAAGCACCUCAGGAGGAGGCUUCUCUCAGCAAUAGGCUCAAGACAUAUGCCAACUUUCCAGAAGCACCUCAGGAGGAGGCUUCUCUCAGCAAUAGGCUCAAGACGUAUGCCAACUUUCCAGAAGCACCUCAGGAGGAGGCUUCUCUCAGCAAUAGGCUCAAGACGUAUGCCAACUUUCCAGAAGCACCUCAGGAGGACGCUUCUCUCAGCAAUAGGCUCAAGACGUAUGCCAACUUUCCAGAAGCACCUCAGGAGGAGGCUUCUCUCAGCAAUAGGCUCAAGACGUAUGCCAACUUCCCAGAAGCACCUCAGGAGGAGGCUUCUCUCAGCAAUAGGCUCAAGACGUAUGCCAACUUUCCAGAAGCACCUCAGGAGGAGGCUUCUCUCAGCAAUAGGCUCAAGACGUAUGCCAACUUUCCAGAAGCACCUCAGGAGGAGGCUUCUCUCAGCAAUAGGCUCAAGACGUAUGCCAACUUUCCAGAAGCACCUCAGGAGGACGCUUCUCUCAGCAAUAGGCUCAAGACGUAUGCCAACUUUCCAGAAGCACCUCAGGAGGAGGCUUCUCUCAGCAAUAGGCUCAAGACAUAUGCCAACUUUCCAGAAGCACCUCAGGAGGAGGCUUCUCUCAGCAAUAGGCUCAAGACGUAUGCCAACUUUCCAGAAGCACCUCAGGAGGACGCUUCUCUCAGCAAUAGGCUCAAGACGUAUGCCAACUUUCCAGAAGCACCUCAGGAGGAGGCUUCUCUCAGCAAUAGGCUCAAGACGUAUGCCAACUUUCCAGAAGCACCUCAGGAGGAGGCUUCUCUCAGCAAUAGGCUCAAGACGUAUGCCAACUUUCCAGAAGCACCUCAGGAGGACGCUUCUCUCAGCAAUAGGCUCAAGACGUAUGCCAACUUUCCAGAAGCACCUCAGGAGGAGGCUUCUCUCAGCAAUAGGCUCAAGACAUAUGCCAACUUUCCAGAAGCACCUCAGGAGGAGGAUUUUCUCAGCAAUAGGCUCAAGACGUAUGCCAACUUUCCAGAAGCACCUCAGGAGGAGGCUUCUCUCAGCAAUAGGCUCAAGACGUAUGCCAACUUUCCAGAAGCACCUCAGGAGGAGGCUUCUCUCAGCAAUAGGCUCAAGACGUAUGCCAACUUUCCAGAAGCACCUCAGGAGGAGGCUUCUCUCAGCAAUAGGCUCAAGACGUAUGCCAGCUUACCAGAAGCACCUCAGGAGGAGGCUUCUCUCAGCAAUAGGCUCAAGACGUAUGCCAACUUUCCAGAAGCACCUCAGGAGGACGCUUCUCUCAGCAAUAGGCUCAAGACGUAUGCCAACUUUCCAGAAGCACCUCAGGAGGAGGCUUCUCUCAGCAAUAGGCUCAAGACAUAUGCCAACUUUCCAGAAGCACCUCAGGAGGAGGCUUCUCUCAGCAAUAGGCUCAAGACGUAUGCCAACUUUCCAGAAGCACCUCAGGAGGAGGCUUCUCUCAGCAAUAGGCUCAAGACGUAUGCCAACUUUCCAGAAGCACCUCAGGAGGAGGCUUCUCUCAGCAAUAGGCUCAAGACGUAUGCCAACUUUCCAGAAGCACCUCAGGAGGAGGCUUCUCUCAGCAAUAGGCUCAAGACGUAUGCCAACUUUCCAGAAGCACCUCAGGAGGAGGCUUCUCUCAGCAAUAGGCUCAAGACAUAUGCCAACUUUCCAGAAGCACCUCAGGAGGAGGCUUCUCUCAGCAAUAGGCUCAAGACAUAUGCCAACUUUCCAGAAGCACCUCAGGAGGAGGCUUCUCUCAGCAAUAGGCUCAAGACGUAUGCCAACUUUCCAGAAGCACCUCAGGAGGAGGCUUCUCUCAGCAAUAGGCUCAAGACGUAUGCCAACUUUCCAGAAGCACCUCAGGAGGAGGCUUCUCUCAGCAAUAGGCUCAAGACGUAUGCCAACUUUCCAGAAGCACCUCAGGAGGAGGCUUCUCUCAGCAAUAGGCUCAAGACGUAUGCCAACUUUCCAGAAGCACCUCAGGAGGAGGCUUCUCUCAGCAAUAGGCUCAAGACAUAUGCCAACUUUCCAGAAGCACCUCAGGAGGAGGCUUCUCUCAGCAAUAGGCUCAAGACGUAUGCCAACUUUCCAGAAGCACCUCAGGAGGAGGCUUCUCUCAGCAAUAGGCUCAAGACGUAUGCCAACUUUCCAGAAGCACCUCAGGAGGAGGCUUCUCUCAGCAAUAGGCUCAAGACGUAUGCCAGCUUACCAGAAGCACCUCAGGAGGAGGCUUCUCUCAGCAAUAGGCUCAAGACGUAUGCCAACUUUCCAGAAGCACCUCAGGAGGACGCUUCUCUCAGCAAUAGGCUCAAGACGUAUGCCAACUUUCCAGAAGCACCUCAGGAGGAGGCUUCUCUCAGCAAUAGGCUCAAGACAUAUGCCAACUUUCCAGAAGCACCUCAGGAGGAGGCUUCUCUCAGCAAUAGGCUCAAGACGUAUGCCAACUUUCCAGAAGCACCUCAGGAGGAGGCUUCUCUCAGCAAUAGGCUCAAGACGUAUGCCAACUUUCCAGAAGCACCUCAGGAGGAGGCUUCUCUCAGCAAUAGGCUCAAGACGUAUGCCAACUUUCCAGAAGCACCUCAGGAGGAGGCUUCUCUCAGCAAUAGGCUCAAGACGUAUGCCAACUUUCCAGAAGCACCUCAGGAGGAGGCUUCUCUCAGCAAUAGGCUCAAGACGUAUGCCAACUUUCCAGAAGCACCUCAGGAGGAGGCUUCUCUCAGCAAUAGGCUCAAGACGUAUGCCAACUUUCCAGAAGCACCUCAGGAGGAGGCUUCUCUCAGCAAUAGGCUCAAGACGUAUGCCAACUUUCCAGAAGCACCUCAGGAGGAGGCUUCUCUCAGCAAUAGGCUCAAGACGUAUGCCAACUUUCCAGAAGCACCUCAGGAGGAGGAUUUUCUCAGCAAUAGGCUCAAGACAUAUGCCAACUUUCCAGAAGCACCUCAGGAGGAGGCUUCUCUCAGCAAUAGGCUCAAGACGUAUGCCAACUUUCCAGAAGCACCUCAGGAGGAGGCUUCUCUCAGCAAUAGGCUCAAGACGUAUGCCAACUUUCCAGAAGCACCUCAGGAGGAGGCUUCUCUCAGCAAUAGGCUCAAGACGUAUGCCAACUUUCCAGAAGCACCUCAGGAGGAGGCUUCUCUCAGCAAUAGGCUCAAGACGUAUGCCAACUUUCCAGAAGCACCUCAGGAGGAGGCUUCUCUCAGCAAUAGGCUCAAGACGUAUGCCAACUUUCCAGAAGCACCUCAGGAGGAGGCUUCUCUCAGCAAUAGAAUGCCUCACAUCCCGCUGACACCUCGAGAGGCGCGCGGAGUUCAUGGUUCAAAAGGUGACGAUGCCUGA